AUGACGAAAAGAUUAUCUGCGAAAGGCAGUCCUUUUUCGUUUUAUAUUGAAACGCCUAAAUUUUUUGAAAGCAUUUCAAAUUCAUCACGCUUUUUAUCAUCCGAAAUCACGGAUUCUGCGGAGCAUAAUUUAUGGAUGGAAGCCCAACUCAAUGCUUUUGAAUUCUCAUGCCCUCUUCAGGAUAACCAUAUAGAAAGUACUAAAAAAUCGAUGAUUUUGGGAGGUGUCAGAGCAUUUGUAGAUGUAAGACUGGAAAAAACAUCAAUUCUGCGCCAAAUGUUACGUGACUUAGGAGCGACUGUUAACUUACGAUUUUCAAAAAAUAUUACUCACUUAAUAUUCUGGAAUGGUCGACAGGAAACACUAGAUAAAGCCCAUCAUUUGGGGAUCGAAAUUUUAAUACUUUCGCCUCACUGGGUAUUUAAUUGUUUCAUGAAUCAAAUUCGAGCUGACGAAGCUCCCUUUCUGCUAUACGGUAUAAAGGAUCUUGCUAUUCCCAUGCGACUAAUGGCUAUGGGACGAAUGGGAACAGUUAAUAUGGAUAAAGCAUUAAAUUCAAGUGGCAGUUCACCGAACCAGUCACAAAUAGUGCAUGCGAUCGAAACGCUCUCCGACCAGCUUGCUUCCAAAUUUGUAUUUCCUGCAAAUAAUGAAAAUAUUGAUGUUGUGGAAAUAAUUUCACCAAUUGUGGAUCGCGUACGAAAAAGGAUCAAUGAACUGAAUUACUGUCGAGUUAGUAGAAAGCAAAGAAGGCAUACGCGAGUAUCGAUGUUUCCUGGAGAAUCCGAGCAGCAGUUUGCAACUCCCCCUGCAGAGAAUUCAUCUUUGACUAAAUCUGUAAAUGUGGUGGAGAUUACACAAAGUGAGCCAGUUAAAAAGCGUGGUCGGCCAACAGUUAAUUCUGAACAGUUAGCAGAGUAUACACCAACUCGUUUUCACAGAUUCUUGCAAAGACGAUAUCGUUCCGUAAAAGCAGGACAUGCUGCACAACUAAAUACAGAGAAAAUGGUGUCCAUGUAUAGAAAAAUGAUGAACCAGAACUUUUCUGAAAUUUCUGCAGAUGACCGAAAGCUUUCGGCAAAGGAUUUAGAAAAAACCUCGAAAACGCGACCACUGGUGGUACGGACUCGUUCUUCAGUCUUAAAUGAGUUGCAAAAUGUUCCCAGUUCGAAUGAAUUCAUGAAAAAGAAAAAGCUUCCUAGGAAAAGAAUUAAAACCGGUAAUAUUAUACUUUCAGGAAUCAGUAAGAUUGAGAAAGAGACAGUUUUUGCAAUAACUAAAAAAUUGGGCUUGCUAAAAAUUGCAAGCACUGUCGACGAGCUUACUCGUUACGUGGUAAGUGAUCAAGAGGGAGUACGCACGGUUAAUGUUAUGCGAGCUUUAGUCAAAGGCAUACCAAUCGUCACAGUUGAAUGGGCUUACCGCUCAUUGGAAAUUGGUGGUUGGUUAAAAGGAAAUGAUUUUUUUGUUCCACGAUGGAAAACUGCCCACGAAGCUUGGCUGAAUGGUCGCAUGGCUCAUUUGUUCUCUACAUUAGGGCCGUUUUAUGUUUCUUCGAAAUGCGAACCUGAAGCAAAGCAUCUUUCGUAUCUCAUCAAAUGUUGUCAUGGAAAAACAACAGAGUCGUUGAGUCGAGCUGUUAUAUUUGUUGCGCCUCAGUCGGAAUGGAGAACAUUUAUGCAACUCAGGAAGGACACUGAUACGCAGGCAACCUACAUUACAGAAAAAUCGUUAUUAGGUAUCGUCGGCAACUUACUGACAUUUUCGAAAAUAUAUGAAGGUCGCAUUUUUGGAAAAGGUCUUUCGUUAGCGGUAAAUUUGACUAUUCAGUAUGCGAAUGCAAAAUCAGUUUUUUACUAUAACCUGCAGUGGAAAAUCUUGUGCUUUAUGUGA